AUGACGGUGUCACCAGAUUUUGACCCAUAUGAGGCGCUGGGGGUGUCCAAAGAGGCGACUUUGGCUGAGAUCAAAUCUUCACAUCGCAAACUGGUGCUGAAAUGCCACCCUGACAAGAUCAAGGACGAGUCCCUGCGCGGCGAGGCCCAGGACCAAUUCCAGAAAGUACAGCAAGCUUACGAGUGUCUGUCCGACGAGACGAGCAGAGCCAAAUAUGACAACAAGGUCAAACUGGCGGAACUGAAGCGCGAGAUGGCGUCGCGUGGCGCCUCCUUCACUCGAACUACGCGAGAGUACCGCGAUGGACGCAUCUACGAAGAGCGAGUCCCCGCCGAUGCUCGAUCCUCCUCCGAGGGUUUCUUCGAAGAGGAAGGUCGCUUUACCGAAUCGCCACGGCCGACAUCUCGAAAGUACGAGGAGUAUGGUGCGCGCCCGCGCUCAAGGGCCAACACCGAUGAGAAGCGGAGGUCCUCCAAGGCUGCGCCGUCAUCUAGUGCUUCUUCCCGACGUGAAUCAACCAAAACGACCCGAGCGGAUCGGGACAGGACCCGAACCAAGGAACGGAGACAACAAACCUACGAUAAAUAUGACAACCGUGAUAAAUAUGUCCACGUUGAGGUUGAUUCUGACUCCGCUUCCGAUUCGGAUAGCUCGGUGUACUACAUCCCCGUCAGGCGCCCGACAGCAGAAAAGCGACAUCGCGAGUCAAGAACCAAACCAACCGAGCCAACUCGCCGGUCUUCCAAGGCUCACUAUCGUGAUGAUGAUGACCAUUAUUCUGACGAGCAUAAGCACGACAAAUCUGAUAUGCAGUACUUCCGCGCAGCGGACUAUAUUCGCCGCUCAAAGGAGAAUAUCCCCAACAUCUCCGAGACUGAGCGACGCCACCGUUCGUCUCGCUCUCCUCAUGAUCACGAUUCCGCGGAGCGUUCAGGUCGGUCAAGACGAUCUACCCGACCUCCUACCUCUCACCACAGCUCUUACGAGCAUCUUGACCACGCUUCACCUCGCACUGUUCCUUCAAUGCCAACCGCCGCAACGUUCCCCAGUCCGAAAGCAUCGUCGUCUCCACGAACCUCCCAUCGAUCCUCGGGACAUGUACGCUCUGAAUCCCGAAAUCGUCGGACGGAGCACGUCUACUACGCGGAGCCGUCGAGAACAACAAAGCUGCGAGGCGAAAGGUCCGACUCCGGUUACGCGAGUUCAAGCCCAACGCCGGAGAUCCCCGAGGUCUCACCCAAGGCUUCUCGCUACAAGGGUUGCGAGCCAGUCAAUGUACCACCGCCUUUGAAACACACCAGAACAUUCUCGCCACCUCGUGCUGAGCGCCCAACGAUUUCGCGGAGCACCACUUACACUUACCACCCAGAGCCGCCCUCUCGCAGUCACCAUACAGAGUCAUCCUCCCGCCGUCUCUUCGCUGAGGCGGAUCCGGUCGAUGCGCGCAUUAAAUUAAGGGAGGCCAGGCGCGCAAUGGAUAAGCCUGAAGUCCAAUACAUCCGCCCAACACAUGGUCUACACUCUGGACGACGGUCAUCCACUUACGUGAAAUAG